CUUUUACUCCAAACUAUUUUGUUUCUUCACACAGUGACUAAAACCCGCGAAAGUAGCAUCAAAAUAUUUCAGGAUCCUCAGAGAACAGAAUAGAAGUAAAGAAAAAUGAAACUGAGCGCUACAUUUUAUUUAAAGCAGCUUGGAUUCAGCCAGCAUGACAUUUCGACCAUGAUUGGCAUGAAGCGUACAAUUGUGCAAGCUGCUACUGAUAGAGUGGCUUUCACUGGCACAACUUUAACAGUAAAGAGUACAUAUAGACCCUCUACCUUUGGCGAAUACACUUGACGACAUUUGGAAUGGGUAAUCAGAAGAGAUCUGUUCC